AUGGGGUCUGAUCCGCAGUACAUCAAGUUCCCCAACCUCUCCAUCGCUCAACAUGUCUUCAACCUCUCAAACCCGGCAUGCGCGCCAUCAGUCCAGCAGACUUCAUUGAAGAAGCUUCAAGAUGUCAUUCUAGAGCACAAGAUGGCGCCAUUUUACCGUCAUUUGGCCCAUCCUACCGAAGGCAUUCUGAACAACUCUGGCGAAGGUGUAACACAGCUCCCACAGAACGCAGGGAACUCAACGAAGCCUCUCAUCACGUCCAAUCUUCUUGCAUCUCGCAAGACACCACUGAAGUUUGAUUUCCCUUGGGAUGAGAAGCUGUACCAGUCCCUACUGGAGGAUAACAAGAAGGAAUUGGAGACCUUCCAGAAGGAGGAAGAUGAGGCGGAAGAGGCUGCAGGUGAAACCGAGGUACAAGCUGCGCGCGGGAAGCGAGCUGAAUUCUGGGCUCGUGUGGGAGAUAAGGACAAAGCUAUCGAAUCGCACGAAGCUCUCCUCGAAAAGACCGGAUUCCUGGGCACCAAGAUUGACCUGGUGAUGGCUAUGCUCCGCAUCGGACUGUUCUUCGGCGAUCUUUUGUUUGUGAACAAGACCAUCGAACGGGCAGAGACAUUGGUAGAGAGCGGAGGUGACUGGGACCGUAGAAACCGUCUCAAGGCAUACAAGGGACUGCACUUGCUCACCAUCCGCUCUUAUAGCCUUGCCGCUCCUCUCCUUCUUGACAGUCUGUCUACAUUCACAAGCUACGAACUCUGCAGUUACUCUUCGCUAGUGAUAUACUCAGUACUUGCGGGAUCUUUGUCCCUCAAGCGGGUGGACUUCAAGGCCAAGGUUGUGGAUGCACCAGAGAUCAAGGCGAUUCUCGGCUCUGGGGAAGAGCAACUGGCUGCGCUGAGUGGAGAGAUCUCUUCUGGCCCCGGUGCUCGGGAUGAGGAGAUGAAAGAUGCGACAGCAUCACUACCCAUACCCGCCGGUGCCAAAACCGCCGUUAAUAUCUCCUCUUUCUCAACCGGCUCCGGUGUUGUAGCGGAAACCGAGGUGCCCGUUGAUUUCUCGCCGCUCUCAAACCUGGUUACCAGUCUCUACAACGGCAACUACCGUUCGUUCUUUUUGGCACUCGCGGCUGUUGAGGACCAAUUCCUGACACAAGACCGGUACUUGCACGAGCACCGGGCAUGGUUUGUUCGCGAGAUGCGACUGCGUGCCUAUCAGCAGCUUCUGCAGAGCUACCGUGUAGUGGGACUGAGUGGCAUGGCCAACGACUUCGGUGUGACAGUAGACUACUUGGACCGGGAUCUUGCCAAGUUUAUUUCAAACAACCGCAUUGCAUGCACUAUCGAUCGGGUCAACGGUAUUAUCGAAACUAAUCGGCCAGAUGACAAGAACAAGCAGUAUGCCGAUGUGGUGAAGCACGGUGAUUCGCUGAUCACCAAGCUCCAGAAAUACGGCCAAGCCGUGCGUCUUCGGGGUAGUGAGCGCAGCUAA